GUCGAGUGCCGGCUGCCAAUCAAAACCAAAGAAGAAGAACAUCCCUUGUGUUUCCGGUUUGCAAAAAUGGCACAAGGUUCUCAGAAGUUUAAAGCUCAGCGGCCUGGAGCGAAUAAGAAACAUCAAUCAAACAAGCAGAAAGGACCUAAGAAAGGAGGGAGGAUCAUUGCACCUAAGAAGGCUCAGGUCAUUGAGCAACAGAAGCUAAAGAAGGGUCUAGAGGUCGCUAUCAGGAACAAGAUAGAGCAGGAGGUGACCCAGAAGGCCAGCUCCUCACUCCACAAGCCACUGAGUGUCGUUAAAGGAGCUGAGGGUAAAGGUGGCCAGGGCCCAUCACGUCCAGGAUCCAGCUCUAAAUAGGACCAGACAUAUGGGACUGAAUUACAGAAUCAAGGAGUAUGAAAAUGGAACACUGAGUAGACAACAUAAUUUAAGAUAAAUGUCAAGUUUAAUUUGACUUCAGGAAAUUGCAGUCAGGUCAAUGAAUGUACAGAGGCUGAUGUUUAUCAUCUUAUAAUGAAGAACUGAACAUGAGAAAUGAUAUCGAGGAUGUGAAAUGCAAACAGGCUGUCAACCUCCACCAGGGGGCACAAUAUGGAUUUCCUGAUUUUUAUUUUUUAUUUUUUUGAUGUCAUGUUGGUCAAAUCCUUUUUCAAAGCAGAAUUUACACAAGAUCAUACUUCAAUCCCUUUGUAAAUGAUCAUUUUAUUGCAUGAAAACAAUAAAAUGUCAGGGUUAAAGUGA